CCACCAAUCACGUGUUACCGCUUACAGCCAUUUUGACUCGAGCACUUCCUGCUUACUUUGUAGAAGUUAUUUUUAUUAAAUAAAAAUGAUUCUGUUAGAAUAUCGUAAUCGUAUUGUAGAAGAAACACUGACCUAUAAAUUCAAAAAUGCAUUUGAAGGAGGUAAAAAUGAUGCCGUAGAAAUCACAGUAGCGGAUUUUGAUGGUGUUCUUUUCCAUAUUUCCAACCCUGAUGGAGAUAAGAAUAAAUUAAUAGUUAGUAUUUCUCUGAAGUUCUAUGCAGAUCUUCAAGGUCAUGGUGCAGAUUCUUUAAUAAAAAGAGAAUAUGGAGAUAAUUUAACAUCACCUGAACCAGGUUAUAAUGUAACCUUGUUAUAUAGUUUAGAAAAUGUUCCACAAGAUUAUGAAGAGUUGGCAAAAAAAGCAGCAUUAUUAAAGAGGAAUUGCUUUGCAUCUGUUUUUGAGAAAUAUUUUGAAUUUCAAGAGAAGGGUAUAGAGGGUCAACAAAAAGCUGUGAUACAUUAUAGAGAAGAUGAAACUAUGUAUGUAGAAGCUAAAAAAGAUCGAGUAACAGUAAUUUUCAGUACGAUUUUCAAAGAUGAUGAUGAUGUUAUUAUUGGCAAAGUUUUUAUGCAGGAAUUUAAAGAAGGUAGAAGAAAGUAUCAACAGGCACCUCAAGUUUUAUUCAGUCACAGAGAACCACCUCAAGAAUUAACAAAUACUGAUGCAAGAGUAGGUGAUAAUAUCUGUUAUAUUACAUUUGUUUUAUUUCCAAGACAUACCAGCAAAGCAGCACGAGAUAAUACAAUUAACUUGAUCCACACGUUACGAGAUUAUCUCCAUUAUCAUAUUAAAUGUUCCAAGGCUUAUAUUCACCAAAGAAUGCGAGCGAAGACCUCUGAUUUCCUUAAAGUAUUGAACAGAGCUAGACCAGAACAAAAAGACAAGGAAAAGAAAACUAUUACAGGCCGAACAUUCAAUAGAACCUAGUGAUAUUGACCUUGGACCUUUAGGUUAUUACAUAAUACAGAUUAUAUUUUAUUAUCUGUAGGUUGACGACAAUACAUGUAUCCUGCUCUUUCAUAUACUUAAUAUACCAUAUUUACAUAAGGACUUCACCAUAAUAGCUCUGAUUGACUUUUUCACGGUUACUGAAGGGAGGUAACUCUCAUGGGGUAUUUGCUUGUCAUGUGCUCGUUAGGUUUCACAAAAUUAUUUUAGACAUGGGAACAUAACUUCUAUGAAUUGAAAUAACAUAACUUCAUGUGUCCGAACAUGGUCACUUGAUGGUGACUAUUUUUACAUCAUUUUACUGAAAAGUCUCAGGAACCGGUUUAAUUGAAAGUAAUAACAUUAUAGUGAGUACCCCAGUGUAAAAAUUUUGACGAGUGUUGAACUCAGUUGAUCACAUGUAAAAUAAGAGAACAAAGUUGUAAUAAAUAAAUUAAACAAAGCCAAUCAAAUCAAUGUUUCUUUAUCAUGUAGUAUUAAGUUUAUAGCCUACUUAAAGCCAACAGUAUAUUUAUUUUAUUGGUUCAUAAUAAGGCCCAACAUAAAAAAUAUUCUGGUUCUCAGACAAUCUUUACCAAAAAUCUGAUGCUGAAGGAAGGUUUUUAUUUUUUGUUGAUCAUUUAUGAUUGUUUGUAAUACUUGAUAAAUGAACCUAUGCUACAUUUCUGUAUUCAUUCAAAUAUAACCAGGCUACAAUAUUUACAAGCAGUAAUUAAAGAUAUUGUUUUUAGUUUUUUAAAAUAAAAACGGGCCAUCUGACCGUUUUUGAGUGACUCAGGAUUAUCUGAUAACCAAAAUAUUUUUUGUAUGGCCUAACCUGAAUGAGGAUUUACUUCCGUAAAAUCACAAUUUAUCUUGUGCCAUUUUUAUGUAUAGUUUGCAAAUGUUGUGCAUUAUAAUUGCUUGAUCAAGUCAGCAGUGUUACAAUGAACAUUAUAAUCUAAGCAAAAACAGAUUCAAACUCUUAUUGUGUGUAUAAAAACAUGCUUGAUGUUUGUUGACUGCUGACAAGGAGCUUUUAUCAAACAGAAGUAUUCUACUAAUAUAGAAGGUAUAUUCUACUAAUAUAAUGAGAAAUUAGAAAGAAUGAUAGCAUUGUUAGAUUUCUUUUUAUUAAAUACAUUAACAUUUAAUCACAAAUUUAUAUUCCAGCUAUAUACAGAGCAAAAAAUAUAUAUUUAGUAUGUGAUAAACAAGUUACUUAAUAUGUGGUGUUACAUCAUUAUUCCUGUUGUACCUAUUUAUUUUUAAAAAUAUAUUCUUCUAGUAUUAAUUUACAUGUGUAAAAAUAAAAAAAAAAGAAUAGCCAUCACAGGGUCAUCCGCAUUAUAACCAGUGGUAUCGUUCAGUUCUACCGUACUAACCAAAGGGUCUAAUUACGGGGGAGACAGUCAAAUUAUCCCCCCCUUUGUGGUGAACGUAAACAAUGACGCUAAGACUGGUAUGUAAACUGGGUUUUUUUUAUUGGUUCGUAGAAUCAACCUACAAUCAAGGGCAGAUUAUUUGAAUUCGUGAAAACCCUGUGAAUGGACCCAGGGUUCAGUGGGGUAAAACAGAACGAUGUCACAGGGUUUACAAACAACAAUAUAAUAUUUUAAAGCUUGGGUUAGCCUCAUUAUGAAAAUACAAACAAAAAUGAACAUAAAUUUAACCCAUAUACUGUACAACCAGUGCUAGAUUUUUAGAUAAAGAGAGGUCCUGGGCUAUUCCACUUAUGAGACGCCUCCCAAUCCCCCACCCUCACGACAAUGAUGAUGUCAUAGUUGAUAUCGCAUUCCUUACCACUGAUGAUCUAUAUUUAGUAACUUGAUUAUCACCAAUAUUUCCUCUCUGUUAUUUAUAAAUAGUGUAUGUGUAGAGACAACUCGACUAUUCCAAUCAUACAUAAAGAAUGAUUUGUAAAGAUUAUUUAUUAAAUAAUUGUAUAAAUUAUAUAAUUCUAGAUUUAGUAAGUAAUGGUGACACUAGGGUUCAUAAUUUUUUAAUGCAAUUGUUAAAGAUUUACUACUGAUAGAGGUUGACAACUCAAACCUUUAGAUACAAUACUACCUUAUGAUUAAUAAAUUGCUGAAUUAUUUCUUUCUUUCAUUUGUGACAUGAACUAUGUAUUCCUGUGGUCUGUAUAGUCAGCAAGUGUCUCUAUGUCCAAAGGCAUUAAAUUAAACCAAGAAUUGAUAUUGAUGUUUUGUAUGUUCACAUUUGGUCCCAAUUUUAUGAGUUAUAUCCUUAGACUGUAAAUAUUUAUCACAGAUAUAUUCCCUGUGCUUUGUAUAAAUUAUAGUUACUACGCAAAUUAUGGUUAAAAUCAUGUACUUUUAAAAAUAUCUUCACUAUAAUCUAUUCAAUAAACAAAAAUAUUUUAACUAA